AUGGCCGUGAAAGCGGUAAUACCAUUCCUUGUGGGAAUGAUGCUGCUCACUGGGUGUGCCAACACCCUUCUGACGAAGUUUCAAGAUCAACAAUGUGUACGAGGCUGCAACAGCAAAAACCCAAAGGAUCACAAGACGUUUGAACAACCAGUCAUCCAAACGGUACAAAUGUUCAUCGGAGAGAUGGGAUGUUGGCUCGUCAUGUUGGGAUUCUACCUGCAUCGCUACCUUGCCCUGCGCUCCAAAGAUGCACCCCUCCUGUACCGGCCCGUCAACACUGAGGAAGAGCACGAAGAGGAUCAGGAGGAGGAGGAGGAUACCGUCCGGCCAGCGCCUUCACGCGAUGCUACGGAUCCAGCAUUGAAACCGCUCUUACCUAAUGCAGACGACCGAGCUCAUCUCAAGGGUUGGAAGGUUGUCCUGUUAGGACUUCCAGCUUGUUGCGAUAUUGCAGGCACAACCUUGAUGAACGUCGGCUUGCUGUUCGUGGCUGCCUCCAUAUACCAGAUGACCAGAGGAGCAUUGGUUUUGUUCGUUGGCCUGUUCAGUGUCUUGUUCUUGAAGAGAAAGCUAUACCUGUACCAUUGGAUUUCCCUUAUUAUUGUUGUGCUGGGCGUUGCUUUGGUCGGGCUGGCCGGGGCUAUUUCAUCUGGCGACAAGAACUCCCCUGCACCCAAGGAGGAUGGCAUUGAGCUGAUUCGACAUACAGUCCUUGCUGCGCGAGACAUUAUCCUGGAAACCGUCGACCCUAGCGUCCUGCGUACUGUCGUCGGUAUUUUCCUCAUUGCUUUCGCCCAAAUCUUCACCGCCACACAGUUCUGUCUUGAAGAAUGGAUCCUGGAGCACUACGCCCUGGAACCCCUGAAAGUUGUUGCUUGGGAAGGUUUAUUCGGAUUCAUCGUCACCGUCUUGGUUCAGGUCAUUCUGCACCUGGCGGUCGGCAUUACAAAGGCUGGGAGGCACGGAUACUUUGAUGCGGAGGAAGGGUAUCGUCAAGUUUUUACCAACCGGGCAAUCGGCAUCUCAAGUCUUGCGAUUAUGGUCUCCAUUGGCGGCUUUAAUUUCUUCGGUCUGUCGGUGACUCGAAGUAUUUCCGCGACCUCAAGAUCCAUUAUCGAUACAUGUCGAACUCUCUUCAUUUGGAUUGUCUCGCUUGGGCUCGGAUGGGAGUCUUUUAAGUGGCUCCAAGUCCUGGGAUUUGCGCUGCUAGUUUAUGGCACAUUCAUGUUCAACGACCUGGUCAGACCGCCAAUCAAAGCUCUUUUGCCUCAAAGGCGAGAGGGCGAAGAGCGUGAGGAACUCCUGCCAGAAGAGCCAGUUGAGCAUAUAUAG